AUGGCUCGUCUGCUUGCGUCUUCCAGAAAUGGCCACAAAGCUUUGGCCGUUCUGCUGUGUUUCUGGCCAGCGCUGGGCCAAUUCAGCGACGAAGUUGUCGAAGAUCUUGCUGGGCGACGCUUGGCCACAGCCGAUUUGCCGGAAGGACUGCGCUUAAAGGAGGCGCUGAACCAGAGCCUGGACUUGACGAUUUUUCCGACCUGGGACUUGUUCCUAGGCUUCAGUGACCGGCACAAGACCAUCCAGGGGAAGAUGACCGUGCUGCUGCUGUACUACGCAGAGACUCUCAGGUUCGUUUCGAAUCCGCAGCUCAUUGUCAGCGUCGACAAUUUCGGGGAUGGAAACCGGUAUCUGCAAGGAACGAUCCAGCUUGCCGACUCGAGUGGACGUGACGCAUUCACGACCAGCAACAUUUAUGUUGGGGACUUCUCGCAGUCGAACUUUGACCAUCUCUGCUUUCCUUUCGAUGACAAGACGGUCAGGUUCGACAUUAGUAUUCAGAAGCCUGGGAACUACAUCUUCGACCUCAGGCUAAGUUGUCCUCCGCCUCUACUGGCCGAGAACCAAACUGUCGAUGGAAAGCAGAUCGUCACUAAGUGCACCUUUCCUGCUACGGGACCCUCCUUGGGCUUUGACUGGGGCAGCUUCGUUUGUCAGGCCGUGGACACGAAAUUGGUCCAGUGCUCCAUGACCGGGGUCCGCGAGUGGAUGAGCAUCUUGAAGGGGUACCUCUGGCCAUCCUUCACCUUCAGCGCCAUGGGCUUCAUCUCCUUCACGCUGAGCGUGAAGAUGGCGAUGCCAAGGGUAGGAACAACGAUGCUAGCAUUGAUCUCCUUGACCAAUCUGCGGAAUGCAUUGAUGGAGAUGCUUCCGGUGUCGGGCGAGACAAGUUGGUUGGAGGAGUAUUUCUUGAUUGCAAUGACCUUCAUGCUUCUGAACUUGUGUGGACAUGCGAUUUCCUUCUACUUGGACGGCAUCGGCAAAACUGACCUUCAGCAGAUGAUCAACAAGAUAAACUUGUUUGGCAUGGUCUCUGUUUCCCUGGUCACUAUCUCGUCCCGCCUCCAUGUGCGCGACUGUCCUCACGUCAGCCGUGCCUUUAGCACAGUAUUGCUGACUCUGACUUGUCUUCUGCUGAUCGUCGUGUUCGUGGCCAUCACCUGGAUUUACCGGGACUCCUUCCGACACGUUGGCCAGAUUCUGCACGAGUUUUCGCAGAGGAACACGCGCGUCGUGCCAGUCUACAAAGAUGCAACAGAAGAGGAUGAUGACUAG